AUGCGUCGGGACGGUAAAGAAAUCACAACAAAGCACAUUAUUCUAUCAUUUCAACUACACAAGCUCCCUACAACCAUCAAGGCUGGUUACCUCAACUGCCACGUGCGACCCUACGUCCCUAAUCCGCGGCGUUGUUUCAAGUGUCAACACUUCGGGCACGGGUCUCAGGUCUGCCGUGGACAGGAAACAUGUCCCAAAUGCUCUGGUACAGAUCACCCAGCAGAAUCCUGCCGAUAUCAAGUGCGGUGUGCAAAUUGUAAAGGUGACCAUCCUGUCUACUCCAGGUCUUGUCCCCGAUUGAAAGAUGAAAAAGAAAUCCUUAGAAUCAAGGCAGAGCAAAAUAUCUCGUACAAAGACGCAAAGGCGCAAGCAGAGUUCAGAAAAAAGGGCACUUUCUCCGAAGUGGUGCGCAGGGGAGUGGCACCACAGAGGAGGUCCGUGGAGACCCAGACUGCUGGGCCUCCACCCUACACUCCCCCCCAGAAGGACGGAGAAACGGAAGUAUCUCCUUCUCCUUCUGUAUCCAUUACAUCCCCCAUGCCUGCAGCGGCCUCAGCUGAGGUUGCUUGCACGGCAUCCGUCUGGGAUGGAUUGCUCAAAGAUCCAUCCCAGGUACCUGUUGUUAACAUGGAGCUCGACGACGAAGACCGUGCUUCACAGAAGUCGUCUUCGAGUCUCCCAGGCACUUUCUCGCAAUCAAAAGAGAAACGCGAAAGAUCAAGUGGUAGAGGCAGAGGCAACAGACCCACGGACCAGCAAAAUCAGCCCCCACCAAGGGUGCUGCCUCCUUAA